AUGGCCACCCCAGACGAUGCUGACAAUGGCCUCCAACCGAGUCUCCAACCUGUAGGCCGCCCACUGGACCUUGUACCUGUCCAACUCAAGGAAGCCGCCCUAGACUCGCCCACCUUCCGCGCUGUUGCCGUCCACUAUGCCAACCAGGUCGAAGGCAUUGAAAAAUGGCUUCGCGACUAUGUCAGGCAGUCACAAAAGUUUGCCGACCGCUUCGCCAGCAUCCAAAAAGAGUUCGACAACUUUGAUCAUUACCCACCUCCGCCUCCAGAGAACUUGAGCCAGGCUGUCAUAGACCAUGACUAUACUUUGCUGGCCAUCACUCGCUACAGCCAAAACACUACCCAAUACUUGAAUUGGGUCUUUACCAAUGUCGCCCGCUCACGUCAGACUAUGAUUGAGCCAUUAUUGCGCUUCAUCGACGGCACCGACAGCCCUCUUCGCCAAUUCAACCAAGCUCGCAAGGCGCUAGAAAGAACUCAGGCCAUAUUCGAUGCCGAAAUGACAAGGUAUCUUGCUCAAGCAAAGACAAAGGAGGCUUCCUCGUUGCGUGAGGAUGCCUUCAAGCUGCACGAGGAUCGCAAGGCCUACCUCAGAGCUUCCAUGGAUUACUGCAUCAUGGCUCCCAAUCUUCGCAACUCGCUCGACCAACUGCUCAUCAAGGUCUUUUCCGACCGUUGGAAGGAUUUCCGUGGUUACCGUGAUGCUACUUCUGCCAACUUCCAAAAAUGGGGCUCCGAAUUGGAGCGCAUUCGUGGUUGGAGCAAGGUAAUGCACGAAUCCGAGUCGGCCUUCAAACGCGAAUUGAUGCUGGCCCGCCGUCAAUUGGAAGAUUCGGCCGAAGUCAAAGCUCGCCCAUCGCGUGAGAUGGAUGACUAUGCUGUGUCAACUGUGCCAUAUCUAGGUUCUGGUGCUCCCACCUCGCCCGUCAAACCCUCCUUUACAAAGCCCGAGAAGCAAGGUUGGCUGUUUCUCAAGACUGUACCUCCCAAACCAGCUAGGCCUUCAUGGUCACGGCGUUGGUUCAUUGUCAAGAAUGGCAUCUUUGGUUGGUUGGUCCAAGGUAGUAUUUCGGGUGGUGUCGAAGAGAGCGAAAAGAUUGGUGUCUUGCUCUGCAGCGUUCGUCCCGCCGUGCAAGAAGAGCGUAGAUUCUGUUUUGAAAUCAAGACCAAAGACACGAGCAUCAUUCUACAAGCCGAAACUCAGGGAGAACUUUUGGAGUGGAUCAAUGCAUUUGAAAGUGCAAAGCGCAAAGCUCUCGAGGAACCACGUAACUCUACCGUGCCCAAUCCAGGAGCUGAUCCUGCUUUUGCCAUUAGCCCACCUGUUGAUCCAUCCUUUGCUGCAAAGCUGACCGACAGCCUGGCUCACUCAACUGAUGAGUUUGGCGGGUCUUUGUCUCCACCAGAACUGGGUCUAGCCAGUAGAAGCAGCUUUGAUGCCAAUCCCUCCAGAAGAUCGACCAUGCUGGAUUCCGAAGGUAGUCGUGAUACGGCCAACAGAAUCAUCCAAAAGCUCGACUUGCAUAGAAGAGGUACAGCAUCGUCUUCGGCAAAUCAACCUGCCCCGGCUGGCGGUAUCGCCAGUCUGCUUUCAGCCAGUCAUAGCAUCCUACCCAUUGGUCCUGGUCCCGCCCCAACCUCACCACAUCGCUCCUUCACCAUGCCCGCCACCAGCAAUUUUGCUCCAGUCACACUUGCAAACCCUCCUGCUCCGACCAAUCUCAGUAGAAGAGCCGUCGCAGUAAGUGGUCAACGUGCAUCGAGCGGUAAAUCUGAUACCUCAGCCAUGCCUAGCAGUCUCAUGGCAAACCUUUGGGGGUCCUCGAAUUGGGUUAACAUUAACCGACUCGGUAUGGAGCCACCCAAGGACCUCAAAAUAGCCGAACUUGGAUCCAACCCGACCCCAAGUCGCACCACUCAUCGCAAGACCGUAAGCGUAGGCGAUGCUCUUGAUUCGCCUUCACAAUCUCGAUUGACGGUUGUUCCUGUUGAUGAACCUCAAACAGACUAUCCAGUCUCGCUCAAAACAGAUGACGUGCUUGUGCUCAAAGAACACGACGCCGAAUUUCACGUCCUCUUUUCAUCCGUUCCACGUUCCGAAAGGGUUGUCCUCGUCUUUACUGCAAUGUGGAAUCCAAACGAGCAACAAGAGUUUCCAGGUCGCAUCUAUGUGACUACCGAAAAGAUUUACUUCUACAGUAACCACUUUGGAAUGGUUCUUGUAGCUGAGAUCAGCUUGUCGUCAAUCACCGAGGUCACCGCUGCACCAGGCAGAGAAAGCGAAUGUGAUUAUUUAUUCUUACACCUUAAAGAAAGCAAGACAGAUUUUAGACGUGUCACCGUCAAGACCUUCUUGGACGCUCUGAGACCACUUCAACGUAGGCUCGACUACCUUGUACAGUCUGCGAAUUCUGGACGUUCCACCUCCUUGGAAGAUGUCUUUGCAUCAUUUUCCAAGAUAGCCACAGAUGAUUCACAAGAGCAUUCUCAGGGCUGGGACGAGGACCCGCAAUCUCCCACGGAUAACGAUCUCAGAGUUACGAGACGUCGCUCAAGAGAUCUCAGGGCAAAUCUGCGCAUUGACGGUACGCUCUACGGCGAAUCAGUCGCCCGAACAGGCAGGGAAGUCACCAAGUUCAAACUGCCUUCUCAACCUGUGCUAUACAAGCCCAAGGACAUGGGAGAUGCUGUCCUUGCCCAAGACUUCAAUAUCAGUGCCAAAGCGCUCUUCCACGUCAUGUUUGGAGACAGAAGUGCAGUAUUCCAGAUGUUGUACAGUAAUCGCCCGAUUGACAAUAUUCUUCUGACUCCUUGGACGCAGCCAAAAGAUGGACAGCUUUCAAGACAGUUGAUCUGUGCUAUUGGUCCUAGCAAAGAGACAGACAGACAAACCCUGGAUGUGUGCAAUGAUCACCUCUGCUAUGUUGUGACCCAAACACAAUCUCCAUGGCAGCUCCCCAUGUCCAAAAACUUCCUCCUGCUCAGCAAGUUUGUUAUAACUCACUCGGCAAAGUCCAAGUGCAAGCUUGCUAUCUUCAACCGGGUGAUAUGGAAUGGAGAUGUCAACAUCGAUCAGCGACUCUCAGUGUCGCAGCGCCUGAUACAAAAGCAAGCUUUGCGUGACUAUCAAGAUGACGCUGUCGACUUGGCUGCUGUGAUCAAGGAUCAAGUGUCCAAGCUCGGUGCCCACAGUACAAACAAGGCUGCACAAAUCUUUGGCUCUGUCGGUCAAAGUACACAAACGAGCCAGGUUUCGGCAUCAAAUUUGCCAACCACUUCAAUCAGUCGCGCAAGACGAAAAGUCAAGAUCCGUACCCUGACUAAUCUCUAUUCUGACGAAGCGCUUGCUCAGGUAUUCCGUGUACUCACCAUGUUGAUUGAUUUGUUCAUUGCGAUCGCAAAGUCUUUUGCAGGUGUCGUCACAGCACACAAGGUCCUCGUGCUGGUUCUCGCAUUCAGUGCUACUUACAAUACUUGGUAUGGAUACCGAGAUGGGUUGACAUGGUACAACGAACGAAAUGCUGGCAAGUUCAUGGCCAGACUUGGUAUCAAACCCGACCCUGCCAUCACUAGAGCGGUCUAUUUGAGCGACAUUGAAGAGUUUGUGGCUCCUACUUUGAUGAGCAACAUCGAGCUGAAUACUACCAUCUCGGAUGACACCAAUCAGGCCUGGAACACGUGCCAUGGUACCUUCCGCGAUAUGCUUGCUUUGUCUGAGCAUGAUGCCACAGCAACGACGACAUUCUUCAAGGGUUCGAAAAAACGCUCGCAACUAAGGUUACAGCGUACGCGACACUCUCUUGCGAGAUAUCGACAUGAUUUGUUGGUGGCGCUUCGUGUUGUCAAUCGAGUCGAAGAAGAGGUAGUCCAUGCCGAAUGGGAGGAUUGGGUAUUGGAAGAAGAAAGAAAGUGUAUCAAGGUUGAGACGAUGAUGCGUGAGCGCAAAAAAGGUGGCCAGUCCACAGAACAGCCAGCACGAGGGGAAAGCGAUGAUCUGGGAGAUGGUUUCGCAGAGUAUUGCCGCAGCUGCAAAAGCGAAGCAGGACGAAUCGUGUCGGAUAAGUGA